CCUCCCUCCUUCCCACCCUCAUCCUGGCUGCCUGCUGGUUGCUCAAGCGGCAGGGAUGGGGGGCUGCCCAGGGGGUCUUCAGCCCCUGCCUCCAAACCCCGAGGGCCAAGCGCUCGCCUGCCCCCAGCAGUGCCCAAGAGAUGCAGACCAAGGAGGACCCAGCUGAGACCAUGGUCCUGCCCAUCCCCAGGGAGCCUGGCGAGAACCUGCGCCGCCUUCGGGGGCGAAAACUCCUGCUGGGGAAAGAGCGGAAUCUGGCGGGGUGGGCAUUGCUCAUGGCCGUGCUGGGCAUGUUCUUGAUGGUGCUGCACACGGAGCUGGCUUGGUUCGGCCACUGCACGUGGUUUGCUUAUGCCUUCAUGACAAAGUGCCUCAUCACUCUCUCUACGGUGGCAUUAGUGAUCCUGAUCCUGGCCUUUCACAUCAAAGAGAUCCAGCUCUUCAUGCUGGAUAAUGCCCUCACCGACUGGCGGAUUGCAGUCAGCAGCCCGAAACUGGCUCUCAUUGCUCUGGAGCUUUUGGUCUGCUCCCUCCACCCUUUCCCAGUGGGAGAUUUCUUUUGCCUGGAUCCCAAGCCAGGACAGACCUUCAUCUUCCUCUCUGACGUUGACAUGUUACUCUCGCUGGUCAUGUUCCUCCGCCUCUACCUGCUACCCCGAGCUGUGCUACUGUGGAGUAGUGUGCUGGGAGAUGCCUCCUACCGCAGCAUCGGGUCCCUCAACAAGAUCCACUUCCAGUACCCGUUUGUGUUACGGGUGAUGGUCAACAGCCAGCCAGGCCGAGUGCUGCUCAUCUUCACAAUGGGACUCUGGCUCAUUGCCUUCUGGAUACUGUCUGUUUGUGAACGGCAGUAUAUGGAAGAGGACAAAUACCUGGGUGGGACGUUCUGGUUGAUUCCCAUUACUUUUCUCACCAUUGGCUAUGGUGAUGUGGUGCCCGAAACAGUGUGCGGGAAAGUCGUGUGUUUGUUCACUGGUGUUAUGGGAGUAGGUUGCACAGCUCUCCUUGUGGCCGUUGCUGCCGAUAAACUGGAAUUCACCAGAGCAGAGAAACACGUUCAUAAUUUCAUGAUGGAUAUCCAGUGUGCCAAAGAGAUGAAAUGCUCAGCUGCCAAUGUACUACAAGAAGCCUGGCUAUUGUACAAGCACACCAAGAGGAAGGAUGGACUAAGAACACGCAAACACCACCGGCGGCUGCUGGCAGCCAUUCACAUGUUUCGGCAUGUGAGGAUGAAACACCGGAAGAUCCGAGAUAACACCAUGGUGGACAUUUCCAAGAUGAAAAUGAUCAUGUGUGACCUCAGCUCCAGCCUUGGCAGCUCUCACCGGGAGUUGGAAAAACGGAUCGAGUCCCUUGACAGGAAGCUGGACGAGGUGACCAGGUUGCUCUCCGCCCUUGUAGAGUCCAAGCAGCAGGAGGAGCAGCAGGUGCAUUGAUGCUCAAGAGCUGCCAGGUAGGGCAGGGCCCCUGGGGACUAGAGCUGGUGGUCUCUUUGCACCGCCUUUUCUGUUUGCAGAAUGUGAAU